AUGGUAGGAAAAGUAGUCGUAAGUACUCUUUCCGUCCUCCUCGUGGUGGGUGUGGUGAUCGGCGUCAUUGUCGGGAUCCAUAGCCGCUCCAGCAGCGGCUCCUCCAACGUCCAGGAGUCGCCGUCGAUGAAGGCAAUCUCCUCCAUGUGCGCCCACACAGAUUACAAGGACGUCUGCUCAAACAGCCUCGAGCCCGUGGCACAGAACGCCAGCGCCACCCCAAAGGACUUCAUCCAGGCCGCCGUCAAGGCCACCAUCGACGAGGUCAAGGCCGCCCUCGAGAAGAGCGGCUCCUUCGCCAAUGCCUCCGACGGCUCCCGUGACAAGAUGGCCGUCGAGGACUGCAAGGACUUGCUUCAGUCCGCCGUCGCCGAGCUCCAGGCGUCCUUCUCCUCCGUCGGCGAUGCCCAGAUGCACGCCCUCAACGACCGCGCCGAUGAGCUCAAGAACUGGCUCAGCGCCGUCAUCUCGUACCAGCAGUCGUGUAUCGACGGAUUCGACAAGCCAGAGUUCCAGAAGUCCGCCUCCGAUGGCCUCUUCAACGCCACACGUCUCACCAGCAACGCCCUCGCACUCGUGUCCGAGAUAUCGGAGAUUCUCUCCGCCUUCAAUAUUCCGAUUAACAUGGACUUGAAGGCCUCCAACUCGCGCCGACUUCUCGGUGGAGACAUCGGGAUGGGCGAGAACGGGUUCCCGACCUGGAUGUCGGCCGCUGACAGGAAGCUCUUGGCGGCUGGUCCGCAACAAGUGAAGCCCAACGCUGUGGUGGCAAAGGACGGGAGCGGGCAGUACAAGACCAUCACGGCUGCUCUGCAGGCGUACCCCAAGAACAAUAAGGGAAGGUACGUGAUUUACGUGAAGGCUGGCGUGUACGAUGAGGAAGUUAUGGUGGACAAGAACAUGGUUAACGUCUUCAUGUAUGGAGAUGGGCCGAGGAAGACCAUUGUCACAGGACGCAAGAGCUACACUUCUGGUUUCAGCACUUUUAAGACUGCCUCCUUCUCCGCCGUUGGAAAUGGGUUUAUCGCGAAGGCAAUGGGAUUCAGCAACACCGCAGGUCCAGAGGGACACCAGGCAGUGGCACUCCGAGUGCAAUCCGACAUGUCUGCCCUCUACAACUGCCGCAUGGACGGGUACCAAGACACCCUCUACACCCAGGCUCACCGUCAGUUCUACCGCAACUGCGUCAUCUCCGGAACCGUCGACUUCAUCUUCGGGGACGCCGCCGCCGUCAUCCAGAACUCCCUCCUCAUCGUCCGCAAGCCCAUGGACAACCAGCAGAACGCCGUCACGGCCCAAGGCAGAUCCGACCGCCGCGAAACCUCCGGCAUCGUCAUCCACAACUGCAGGAUCGUCCCGGAGCAGAAGCUGUUUCCGGUGAGGUUCAAGAUCCCCACAUACCUGGGCCGCCCCUGGAAGGAGUUCUCAAGGACGGUGAUCAUGGAGUCGACGAUCGGCGAUUUUAUCCAGCCUGCUGGGUGGAUGGCUUGGGACGGCGACUUUGCUCUGAACACUUUGUUCUUCGCUGAGUACGCUAACAGAGGACCGGGAGCCAGGACCGACCGCAGAGUGAAGUGGAGAGGGUACAAGGUGAUUACCAACAGGAACGAGGCUGCUCAGUUCACUGCCGGUCCCUUCAUCAACGGGAACCUGUGGUUGAGGACCACCAGCUUUCCUUACCAGCUCGGCUUCAGGGCCUGA